CGGUUUCGGUUUUUGCUUUAGUUGAGAGAAAAUCGUCGCUUAGUUAACGUCGCCCCCAAAGAACUGUCUUCUACUGUCACUGCUGGCACCGUACUAUCGGAGCACCGAGAAGAACAGACCCGAAACACGAAACACAGAUCCGAGAUUCUAAAUCAAAAUUAAAAUCAAGACCGAAACCGAAACCAAAUCCAAACCAAUCCCGAAUCGGAACAGCUCGGACGCCAGCCGCAUCUCGAGUCCAGUCCACAUCCAAGUCCGAAUCCGUCGUACCAAUCGUAUCCACCAAUCAGCAGUAGCAAAUCUGCGCAAAUAGAAAAUGGCCCAACCACAACUGCUGCAAGUGAAGCUGUCACGUUUCGAUGCCCAGCCCUGGGGAUUCCGGCUGCAGGGCGGCGUGGACUUUGCCCAGCCCCUCCUCGUGCAGAAGGUUAACGCUGGCAGCUUGUCCGAGCAAGCUGGCCUCCAGCCCGGCGAUGCGGUCAUCAAGAUCAACGACGUUGAUGUCUUCAAUUUCCGUCAUAAGGAUGCCCAGGAUACGGUGGUGCGCUCCGGCAACAACUUUGUCAUCACAGUGCAGCGCGGUGGCUCCACUUGGCGGCCACAGGUGACGCCCACCGGCAACGUGCCGCAGGCAAACUCCCCCUAUCUGCAGACGGUGACGAAGACCUCUCUGGCUCACCAACAGCAGGACAGCCAGCACAUUGGCUGCGGCUACAACAACUCGGCCCGUCCAUUUGCCAAUGGCGGCGGCGAUGGCGGCGUGAAGAGCAUUGUCAAUAAACAAUACAACACCCCGGUUGGCAUUUACAGCGAUGAAUCUAUUGCGGAAACACUUUCGGCCCAGGCGGAGGUAUUGGCUGGCGGUGUGCUCGGCGUCAACUUCAAGAAGAACGAGAAGGAAUACCAGGCCGAUCGCUCGGAGGUGCUGAAGUUCCUGCGCGAGGAGGAGACCGGUCAGUCCACUCCAGAGCCCCACAGUCCGGCGAACUUCUACUGGACACAAAGCCAUGCCAUCGGAGGCAAUGAGCGACGCACACCGCUGCACCACCAGCACCAUCAGGAUGAGCGGAUUGGCAUCCCUUUGCAGUCGAAUUCUUUGGCGCCCGCUGCUCCACACAGGCCCAGUCUGCCUGUGGCCAAGCCAGAGCUCCAGGAAGGGGCAGCGCAGGAGCAGGAGCAGACUGAUCCGCGCAUCAUUGUGCUGCCGAUUUGCCCGGCCCUGCAGGGGCCCGAGUACAAGGCCGACAUGGAGGCGGCCGCCGCAGCUUUGGCCAGCGACGAGGGGCGUCCGCGGACAUUGUCCGCCAGCGGACAUCCGGCGUGUCAGUUGUGCGGCGUGGGCAUUGUUGGCGUCUUUGUGCGCAUCAAGGACAAGAAUCUGCACGUGGAGUGCUUCAAGUGUGCCACCUGUGGCACCUCCCUGAAGAACCAGGGCUACUACAACUUUAACAACAAGCUCUACUGCGACAUCCACGCCAAGCAGGCCGCCCAGAACAAUCCGCCACCCGGCACCGAGGGCUACGUGCCCAUCCCCAUUAGGCCCAAUACCAAGCUGUCGGCCAACACCAUCUCGUCGGCCUUGAGCUCGCACGGCUACGGCAGCAACGGAUACUCGAACGGCAACUCCACCCCGGCCCCGGCACCGGUUGCAAGCCCCCAAGCAGCGCUCUCAACAGCAACAGCAACAGUAGUUGACAGCUCAAGCACUAACCCCACAGCCACAGCAGCAGCAGCAGCAGGAGUGCCCUCCUUUACAGACAAUAUGUCCGAUGAGCCAUCAUCGAUCUAUGGCCAAAUGAAUGUCCAACCAACGGGCGCCCCCGGCGAUCCGGCCUUUGAGUAUGUGACCCUCACGGGAAACGUGAUACGCAGUGUGCAGGCCCCCGGCAAGGGGCCGGGCAUCAGCUACAAGGUCAACCAGGGCUUUGCUCGUCCCUAUGGAGCCGCCGCCGGGCCACCGAAUGCCGCACCGAAGUCGCCGGUCUCGUAUCAGCCGCAGCAGCCGCAGCAGCAGCAGCAGUCUCCGCGCCCAGCGGCCGGUGGCAAUCCCUAUGCCACCCUGCCACGCACCAAUGUGGGCCAACAAGGAGCAAGCGAGGAGGAACCGCAAGGACUGCAGCCGGAGUACGAGGACGAAGACGGCUUCGAGAUGGACAUCGAGGUGGCCCUGGCUGCCAGCCGGCAGUCGCAGCGCGGCUCCAGCUUCACCUGGCCCCCGCCGCAGGACGACAGCCAUGCAGCGCCCACCGCGGCACCCCUCUACAUCGCUCCCCCUGAGACUCAGCACGUGGUGGUGGCCAAUCCCGUGCAGCAAGUGCCGCCGCUGCCACCCGGAAGUGCCACGGCGCGCCUCGAUCCGCAGCCGGAGCAAGUGCCGCCAGCGGCAUCAGCGCCACAGGCCGCUGCCCAGUGGCAGAGCUACUCGGCGCCGCAGCUGACGAAUCAGCGUCUGUUGGAGCAGGAGUCCAGCUCGGACAGCUACACCUCCACUUCGACGACUACCACGACCACCUCCGAGGAGUACCAGCGCAUGUACGCGGCCCAGGUGGCGGCCUACCAGAUGCAGGAGCAGUCCGGGUCUGAGUUCGACGACUACCAGGUGGACUACGGCAGUGCGCAGGACGUGCAGGAGUGCGCCUCGGGUAGGCGCAGUGCCCAGGAGUGCGUGGACUCGCUGUCCGUGCCGCUGAGCACCUACAAGCUGAUCGACAUGGUAAGGGAGGUGACACCCAGUCCCGUGUCCACACCCGCCCCAACUCCUGCCCAAGCCACGCGGCACGUCGUCUUCAACGACGAGCCCGAGUACAAAGAGCUGCCGAUGGUGCUGCCCACGGAGCUGGAGACCAUACCGGAGGCAGGUGAGGAUCGCGAGGGUCUGGUCAUCGAGCACCGCUGCCAGAUCCUCGAGAGCGAGCGCCUCUUCCAGCCCACGCCCGAGAUCAAGUUCGAGAUUGCGCCCGUGCGCCAUAUACCGCCCUCCAAGAUACCCAAUCCCAUGCCCAAGGAGUGGAUCAAUCCCAUGAUCCGGGUCCUGACCACGGCUCCCGAGGUGCCCUUCCACCUGGUCGAGUGCCCCUUCCCGCGGCCCUGCGGCGACGAUUUCGAAGCGGAGGCAGCAGCCGCAGAAGAAGCAUCUGCUGCAGCCGCUCCGCCUGAGCCUCCUCCACCACCGCCACCUCCACCCGCUCCUGUGGCGGAUCCACCUGCACUCCUGCGCGAAUCCCCGCCACGCGGAUCUCGUCUCACCCAGGCCAUGGUCACGGCGCCAGAGUUUGAGCUGCGCUUCGCCCCGCCCGCCGACCAGGGCAUCCCCCUGCCCGAGGAGACCGAGCCGUACAUGCCGCCGCCCAUGGACAUGAAGCCGUACAUGCGCGACGACUACCGACCCAAGUCCCCGUUCGUCAGCGCCCUCACCACCGCCCCCGAACGCCCCUUCGAGGGCCACUUUGACCGCGACGUGCCCAUCCACCUGAUCGACCUGCCCACCCCCAAAGAGCACCUCAGCAUGUGCGACGCCCUGUGCACGGCCCCGGACCGUGGCUACACCCCCCUGAACCCCGAGAAUGCCACCCACCGCGUGGACGAAGAGCAGAAGCAGCAGGAACUGAAGAAGCAUGAAUUUCAGGUGCUCGACCACGAGGAGGAGCUCGGCAUCCGGCCGGAGCCGCCGCAUUCCGUGGAGUACUUCACGACGGAGUCCGAGAAGCGACGCAAGUCGUCGGCAUUCGCGGCCAUGCAAGCAUUCCAGCCGUCCCGCGAGCCGCUCUCCUCCGCCAAUGCCACAGCCACAAACACGCCGCGUGCCUCCAUUUGCUCGGCGUCCCGGGAAACGGAGACCGAUCUGGAGUACCAGAAGUACUGCAAGGCGCAGCAGCGCAACCAGAAGCGCCUUGAUUACUUUCACAAGAAGGAGGAGGAGCUGCAGAGCUCCUCCCAGCAGAUGACCCAACUCCAGCAGAGUCAACAAACUGAGCAGCAGCUCCAACAGAUCCAGCAGAAUCAACGGGAACGCCAGCAGAAUCAGAUAAGCCAGCUGCAGCAACACCAACGAGACCAUCAAUCUCAGCAACAGCUCCAGCAGAGUCAGAUAUCCCAACAGCAGAUCCAACAAAACCAACAGCAACUUUAUCAAACUAAACAGCAGCAGCAGCAGAUUAGCCAACAACAGAUCCAGCAGAGUCAGAGAACUCAACAGGAGACACAGAGAACUCAACAGGAGACACAGAGAACUCAACAACAGCACCAGCAGGCAAUGUCGCAGCUCUCCCAACAGCAGGAGCAGCAGAAGCAGUCACAGCAGACCUCCGCACAACAGACACUCACAGAGAACCAGACACGCCAGGGGUACUCCGAUUCUCACACGACCUCGCUUUGUUCCGCUUCCGCUUCCUACAGCAACUCCUCUUCCACAGUCCAACAGUCCACCACCAACAACAACAACAUCAACAGCAACAGCAACAACAACAACAACAACUCCUUCAACGGCAGAUCCUCCCUCGCUGCACCAAUGCCCACCAAUGCUUCCUCCUAUGCACAUACAUCCGCCCUAAGCAAGUACGAGGCCCAAGAGCUGAUCGAGGAGACGGCCGAGGAGCUGGAGCACUCGGAGAUCCUCUUCCCGCCACCAUCCCCGCUUAGCCACCUGAAGGGCAAAGCCGUGCAGUCCGGCCUCCACAAGGCGGACACCAUACCCAAGUACCAGCGCAACUGGACAUCGCUGCCCACCCAGAGUCCCAUCCGCACGCCGGAGCCGCAAGAGCUGCGCGAGAAUGUGCCGCUGGCCUUUGUAGAUGCCCCCCAGGCGACUCCCAGUGCCCAGUGCCAGUCCGAUUCCACUGUACAUAGACCCAUAGCGCAGGUUUCGGGAUCGGGACCGGGACCGCGCGCCGGACCAAGAUUAGCGCCAACGGCUGCGGCUCAAACCGCUCCCAGGAGACAGCCAAUGCCGCAGCCGUCGGUGCCCAUCAUAGUCGAGGAUCGGUCGGGUCCAGUAACGAUGGCUUUUCAAUCGCUAGAUGAGUUCGACCGCCCCGACCAGGCGCAGACGCCCACGCGGCCCUUCACGCCCUCGAUGAUCAACAAGCCGGCGCCCAUCAUCCCCUUCUACCAGACGCCCGAGAAUCUCUGCUUCGAAGAGUGCACGGCCACCCACGCCCGGGCCUACGACCAGCGAGCCCUCUCCCCCUGCCUCGCCCGCUGCCGCUCGCCAGCUCCAGGACCGCCGCCAAAUCCGCUCUCCGCCAUCCGAGCGCCGCGCAUGAAGGAGCCAGACUCGAAUCUACUCUCCGUCUCGGGCCCUGCGCCACGCCUGCAGGCCGGCUCCAUCACCACGGGCCAGAGCUACCAGGGCCAGCUGCUGGCCCACUCGGAGCAGAGCUCCCAGUCCGGCAGCCAGAGCUUCUCGCAGCAGCCAGAGACGCUCACGGAGCGCCAGAUCGGAAAUCUGACGGUACAGAAGCGGGAGCAGUCCUCGCAGCUGCAACAGCAGCAGCAGUCGCAGAGCCAGAGCCAGACAAAGACCCAGGUGGGCAACGCCCAGAUCGAGCGUCGUCGCAAGGUCACCGAAGAGUUUGAGCGCACCCAGAGUGCCAAGACCAUCGAGAUCCGCACUGGAUCGCAGUCCCAAUCGGUGUCCCAAUCCCAGUCGCAGUCGCAGGCCCAGUCGGAGUCCACGGACCGUCGCUCCUCCUAUGGAAAGACGGGAUAUGUGGCCAAUCAGGCGCGACGGCUGUCGGGCCUGGAGCAGGAGAUCACCAGCUUGACCAGCCUGUCGCAGGCCAUCAGCGCCCGCGCCUCCGCCAUGGGAGAGAGCAACUUCCCGCAGCUGCGAUCGCCCACCUUCGACGCGAAGUUCCCCCUAAAGCCGGUACCGGUGGAUUACAUUGAGCCCGGGUACGGAGCCGCGCCCUCGGCCAAAAAGCUGGUGGCUCCCCCGCCUGGAUUCCUAGCGCAGCAGCAAAUUCAGCAACAGCAACAAAAAGAGCAGAGGUCCGCAUUAUCUUCGUCUUCGGUGGUACAGCAGCAGCAGCAGCAACAGCAGCAGCAACAGAGCGCCUUCGCGAGCAGCACGAAAGCCACCUCCUCAUCGCUAUCAUCAGCAUCCGCAAUAGCAUCAUCAUCUGUGUCAGCAUCCGCCUCCAGAUCAGCGCAAUCCGCCAGUCUAACCAAAGCUUCUGCUAUUACUACCACGACUAAUAACCAGGCCUGCUCGGCCUUCAGGAGCAACAUCCCUGGAAACGGCAAUAACAGCAAACCUAAUCUGGCCUCUCGGCCAUCCAUCGCUUCCAUCACAGCUCAAGCGCCAGCUCCAGCUCCAGCCCAAGCUCCAGCAGCGCCCAAGUCAAUCAUCGCCGCUGCAACUGCGCCAACUUCAGCGCCAGCUUCCUUUCCGCCAAACUUGAGCGACUUGAACUUGAACUCUAAUGUCGAUGGUUCCGCAGGUGGUGGCGUCAAGAACGGCAAAGGAGGAUUCGGGGCCACAUCGGCGCCCAAGCGCGGACGUGGCAUCCUCAACCAGGCCGCUGCACCAGGAGUGCGCAUCCCUCUGUGCAACAGCUGCAACGUACAGAUCAGAGGACCCUUCAUCACGGCGCUGGGCCGCAUCUGGUGCCCAGAUCACUUUAUCUGUGUGAACGGCAACUGCCGCCGUCCCCUGCAGGACAUCGGCUUCGUUGAGGAGAAGGGCGAUCUCUACUGCGAGUACUGUUUCGAGAAGUAUCUGGCCCCCACCUGCAGCAAGUGUGCGGGCAAGAUCAAGGGCGAUUGCCUGAACGCCAUUGGCAAGCACUUCCAUCCGGAGUGCUUCACCUGCGGCCAGUGCGGCAAGGUCUUCGGCAACAGGCCAUUCUUCCUGGAGGACGGUAACGCCUACUGCGAGGCCGACUGGAACGAACUCUUCACCACCAAGUGCUUCGCUUGCGGCUUCCCCGUCGAAGCCGGCGACAGAUGGGUGGAGGCUCUCAACCACAACUACCAUAGCCAAUGCUUUAACUGCACUUACUGCAAACAGAACCUGGAGGGCCAGAGCUUCUACAACAAGGGCGGACGUCCCUUCUGCAAGAAUCACGCGCGCUAAGCCAGCGGCCAGCUGAUUUUGUUUGACUUCAGGGAUCACGCACACUAACCAAUCAAUCAAUCAAUCAAUCAAACCAACAAUCAACGAUAAUCAAGAGCAAUCGUAGACGGAUUGUGAGAGCGCUAAUGCGUAAUUAUUAUUAUUUCUAUCUGUUUGAAUUGUGCCGCACAAAUGUUAUCCUAAUUUUAAAACAUCAACGACCCUCACGCGUCAUAUCAAAUGAAAUAUCAACGUAAAUCAAAUCUGUAAUCAGAAAAUCAAAUCUGAAUGAAAAACUGCAAAACGAGACGAAAUCGAAUUAGCUAGCAAAAUACUAUGUCCUCACACAAAAUGAACUAUUAUUUAUUCACAACCGAUCGUAUCAUAACCGAACCAACUUUACCUUACCCAACCUUAUACUAAAUAUGCAUGUACUGUCGCCAGCGUUAAUUUACUUAGUUCAAGCGACAAAUCGAGAUACCUACCGAACACUGUUGAUCAACCCAACUAAACGCUAACAGAUCGCGAAGCGCGAAAGAUUUCCAAGAUCGAAUUCGAUUGGCAUCAGAGACGGAGGCGAGACAGAGUCGGAGGCAGAGUCAGAACAGGUUGUCAGCAGGGAGUCGCAUAUUUAUUAUUUAAAAAUAUAUGUUGUAAAUUAUCCAUAAUUUGAGUGUAAAUUGUCAUGAUGAGCAAAUGAAUAAAUUUCGAAAUCUUUUUCGCGUUUAA